AUGGCGAUGCUUGCGAAGGCUUGGAGCUACCAAAGCCAGCAGACUGCAAAAGGCUGCAAAGGCUUGCGACAGACCUGCCGAGACUGCCGGCCGACGUUUGCGGCCGUCGCUGACACCAUCGGCGCCUGCUCUCGCUUGACAUCUUGGAAGCCGGCGCUGGCCGUGCUAGAAGCUGUGCAGGAGCUCAGAAUUCUGGAGACAGUGAUGUUUAAUGGUGUGGUGAUGACUUUGGGUCGACAUCUCCUGUGGGUCGCUGCUUCGGAACUUCUGGCAGCUGCGAGACAGUGGCAAAUCAGAACGAACCAGCGCAGCCAUGUUUCGGCCUUGAGCGCCUUGAGGCGCCGCAUGACUUCCCCGUGGUCCCGGAGUCGAGUCUCGCAGUGGUCCCGCGCGCUGCACAUGGCCAGGAGCCUGUCUAUCCAAGGAUUGGCCGCCAACGUCUUCGUGCGCAGCGCCGUGGGCGGGCUGUGUGCCGAGGCAGGCGCCUGGGCUGUUGCCACGCUUCUGGCAGCCGCCCCCUCCGACUCCGUGCUCUGCAACGCCGCCAUUACUGCCUCUGGCAGGAGCCGGAGCUGGUGUCACGCACUCCUCACCCUGGAGACCAUGAAGAUGCAGCUGAUGGAGCUGACGGCCGUCACCUUCACAGGGCUCAUUACUGCCACGGCUGGCCAAGCCCUCUGGGAUUUGUCGGAAGCCGGAGCUGCGGCCACGGGGCCUGGUGAUUGGCCGAGAGGCACCGCCAUGCUCGCAGCCAUGGCAGCCAGGCGCCUGCUUUCCAAAGAAGCAGCAGCGUCGGCUGCAACGUGUUGCGCCAAGCACUGGAGGAAAGCACUCCUUAUACUUGCAUACUUCGACCUGCAUCGCAGAGGGGAGGUCGAUGGUGUCCUCGCUGGAGUCGUGAUCAAUGCCAUGGGCAUGGCCCAUGCAUGGCCGGAAGCGACGUCUCUCCUUGGCUCCUUGCCACCGCCAGCGUCGGCUUCGAGGGAUGCCUGCCCCGGGCUUCCCGCAUGCAACGUGCUGAUCACAGCCUGUGGCCGGGCCAUGGAGGUGGCCAAGGCAUCGGCUCUUCUCACCGAAAUGCUCAAGUGCGGCCCGCAGCCGGACCUCAUCUCCUUCAAUGCCUAUUUGGCCGUUGCAGGCUCGGACUGGGCCAGUGCCUUUGCAGCCUUGGAGCAGCUUCGGCAGCGUGGCCUUCUGCCAGACAGGCUGACUCUCAACAACUGCUGCGCUGCUUGUGGCCCAGCGCGACAGUGGCAGAAGGGGCUUCUCCUUCUGGAUCCGAUGGGGCCACCGUGGAUGCAGACGGGGGCCGUCGCCUUCAAUUCAGUCAUGGAGGCUUGCCAGCAGCCAGAGAUGGUGCUCGCACUGUUCCAUGAGAUGCAUGCCGUGCGCCUUUGGCCCGAUGCAACAGCAGUUUGCCUGGUGGCCGACUCCUGCUCCGCCGUCAACAGGAUGGAACUUCAAGCUGCGCUUUUCACGCGGGUGGAGGAAGACAUAGUUGCCACGCUGCAAAGGGAGAAGAGUGAAGUGUACGUUUGUCACCCCGCAUCGAAGGGGCAGACUCGCAGGCUGAACGAGCUGGGGAGAGAAGGACGAGAAGAGGUCACUGCCACACCUCUGACUGCAUUUGGCUUUGCAGUCAAGGUUGACGGACUUCGACUGAGCUCCGUGCUCGACGCAGGCUCUCUGGCUCUAUUGCGGGAUCUUUUCGAGCAGUAUUCCGUGCUGGUCUUCAAAUCUGCGAGCUUGACAGACGAUGAGCUCAUUGGUUUUGCAAGAGCCUUUGCAGCCGAGUUCGCGGGAGCCGAACUCGAGGCCAGUGAAGGGCCCGCUGGGGGUCGAUUCAAGAAAGGGAGCUCCAGCUCAACACGCCUCAUUGGUCGGAUCGCGAACUUUGAUGCCACAACAGGCUGCAUCCUGGCAUCUGAUGAUCGCCUCUUGAAGCUUCGAGCCGGAAAUGGACUCUGGCACAUUGACUCCUCCUUCAAGGUGAUGCCAGCUCUGGCUUCUUUGAUGGUGGGGAAUGUCGUGGUGCCACCAGGAAACGGUGGAGAGACGGAGUUUGCUUCUUCUCGCGUGGCCUUCAGUGCAUUGACUCCAGCGGAGCAGCAUGAGCUUGACCGACUUCUUUGUGUCCAUGACUUUCGAUACAGCUUGGGCCUGACCGGAUGCUCGGCUCGAUUCCUUCGGCGCCUUCCACCUGCACGACACUUUCUCGUUCGACAUACACCCGCUGGGAGGUCCCUUUUCGCGGGCAGACACUGUAGCCACAUCGAGGGCAUGCCACUGCAGUCAGGGCGCGCCUUGAUCAGGAAGAUCAACAAACAUGUGACCCAGGAGCGGUUCAUCUAUCGCCACUCCUGGUCUGCUGGCGACCUCGUGAUCUGCGACAACAGAAGCUGCGUCCACCGAGGGCGGUCAUGGCGAAAUCCUGACCAGAUCAAACGGCAGAUUUCCCUGGUCAAGAUUGCGGAAGGUCGAAACGAAGUGGCUUCUGAUUUUCGGAGUUGUCGCUCUCUUUUGCGGGACAUGAAGCUCCGACCAGGCCCCAUCGCUGAGGCACUAUGCUGA